UUUGUUGAUGCCGCAAUCUGAAAUAAAUAACGAUUUAAUAAACACGCAAUUAGUCGAGAUAAUUUCUUCAUGAAACACAGUCACAACAACCAAGAAAAUGAAGAUUCUUUAUUGCUUUCUACUGUUUUGUUUAAUUGGUACGUUGCUGUGUGAGCAUUCAGAAAAGAAGCAUGAAAAAGAAAAAGGAAGAAGAGUAAAAAGAUUUGCCAUUACUGCUCUUUUGGGAUCUGCUCUUAUUUCUGGUGCAUCUUUAAUUGGAACCACAGUUACCGGAUUGAAAUCAUCGUCGUACAGCGUGGCUGUCUCCGGUUCAGUUGAGAAUUACAGCAAAUGGACAUUGAAACUCCAAACAUGUGAGAUCAGGUCAGGUUACAUGAACACACCUCUUCGAACAAUCGUUCCUGGUUACAGAGAAGGAUUUGCCAGUCACAAAACAGGUGAUACCGCCACGGGCUCCUACGUAAGAUGCACAUUUGACCCAAUGAAUGGAGACUUGAUCCAUAUCAUGUAUUCUGCUCCAUAUUCUUUUGAUUUUCAUUCCAAUUGGUUAGGGUUUGCCAUUUGCCCCAAAAGUAGUUCAGAAUGUCGAUCAAUCACAGCUGACAAAAUGUACUACGAGAAGACAAGGUAUGCAAAGAUAAAAGAAUAUUAUCGAAGUGUCAGUCAGCUACGUACUUGUGGCACUCACUUUUGCAUGACAGGAACAAUGGGAACCAGCCACAAACCAGAGUUGGAUAUCAGAGUAUAUCCAACAGAUUACGAAAGCCUUUCAACAGCUGUGAAGAAAUCAUCUGCAAAGAGCAGAUGGUCCAAAGGAGAUUACGAAAGCUUUGUUAACAGCAUGUAAAGAAGUUUCUUUAAAGAUGACACGAAAAUCCUACAA